AUGAUCUUAUUAUCCUCAGAGGAGUCUCAGGCGCACAGUCCAGCCAAAGCUGCCGCCCUGUGCCCAGGAUCCCCAGACCCCGGAGCGGGCCAUAGAGCUGCACUUUGGGCUCCUUUCCAGGUGCCCAUAAACUGGAACAUGAGGCUGGCUGUGGCAGCCCUGUGGCUGGGUCUCCUGAUGGUGGCUGCUGAAGGUGAGGAAGACGACUCGUGUGUCUACGAGGCCCUGCCCGACGAAGACACCGCGCUCUGCAAGCGCCUUGAAGUUUUCUACCCUGUGUUGGGGAACGUCGGCUGCAUGUUCAUCCCAGACUGCAACAACUACAGAUGGAAGAUCACCCACUGGGACAAACCCAUAGUCAAGUUCUCUGGUGCCGUGGAUGAUGAAAAGUACAUCCUGGUGAUGGUGGACCCGGAUGCCCCCAGCAGGUACAACCCCAGAGCAAGAUUCUGGAGACACUGGCUGGUGACGGACAUCCAGGGCACCGACCUGCAGAGAGGGAAGAUUAAAGGCAAAGAGUUAUCAGCCUACCAGCCUCCCUCCCCCCCAGCUCACAGCGGCUUCCACCGCUACCAAUUCUACAUCUACCUUCAGAAAGGAAAGACCAUCAGCCUCCUUCCCAAAGAAAACAAAACUCGAGGCUCUUGGGAAAUGGACAAAUUUUUGAACCGCUUCCACCUGAACGAACCUGAAGCAAGCACCCAGUUCAUGAUGCUGAACUACCAGGACUCAGCAACACUGCAAGCUUCCAAGGAAGGUGGCAGAUAGGCCAAGGACAAACCCAGAGAGCAGGGCCCACUGGGCCACAGGCUUCACCUUCCAGGUGUGUGUCCACCACAGUAUGGAGACAGCACCUUCCCCAGUAUGGAUCCCUUCUCAUGUAAACUAAAAAAUAAAAAUAAGAAGUCAUCCA